UUAUUUAGCAUCCCGAUCCAUACUCCAUUCCAGUAGAUGGCGGUAAUGCACAUCUAAACGUUGCUUGCCAACCGCCAUAAAACACAAGACGAAGAAGAAGAAGAAGAAGAAGAAGAAGAACCAUCAGGUCUCGGGGACAGACUGAGCGCGGCUGACCGAAGUCAGACUGCCUGCACUGGAUCGAACGAGAGGAGCACACCGCUGAAGCCCCGGAGCUCGAAUGUUCAAUGUCCAACUAACUUUACCGCGGUGUGGAAAUGGAGUGUUUAGAAAGAGAAAAGAUAGAUUAUGAACUGGAAAAGGAGCAACAAGACAAAAUACUGGAUCCUGUUUUCCACUCCAUACUUGGAUUGCACAGACCAGAUGCUGAGCAGACAGUGCUGAUUACGGAAGCGGGUCCAGAAGAACUAAGGCCUAAUGUGGACCAUCAGGACCCAGAACUUUACGUAAAAGAGGAAGAGGAGGGACUCUGGACCAGUGUGGAGGUAGAGCGUCUCAGUGAGAAGGAGCAGGCUGGUGCCACCGGGUUUUCAUUCACUGCAGUUCCUUUGAAGAGUGAGGAUGAUGAAGAGAAACACAGUUUGUCACAGAAUCAACAACACCAAAUAGAAGAUGGAAAUAUUCAAACCUGCAGCUCAGUUGACCAGAUGAAAGUGAUGAAAGUAGAAUCUGGUAAAAAAGACUGUAGAGAAGCAGAAACUACCAGGAACCCAGAGCUAAAUACUGAUGAAGAUGAUUCCAGCUCCUCGGAGACAGAAGUCAGUGAGGAUGACGAAGAGGACAAUGACGAGGAUGAAGAAGGGGUCGAUGACAAGGAUCUGAAUAAUCCUGUCCAUCGGCUAAAAUACCUAUCAGAUUCUGCGUUAAUGACUGAAAACAGUGACAAAGAUGGGAAAGAGAGCAGGGCACCUGAGUCAGAUGUUAACUCCGUCAACUCAUCAUCAUUGAUUUGCUCUGAGUGUGGUAAACAGUUUAACGUCAAAUCUUUUCAGAGACAUAUGACAAGUCAUUCAGAAAUAAAGUAUUCAAGUUGUAUGGUUUGGAACAAAUGUUUUAAACUAAAGAAGAAUGUAGAUUUGCGAAGAAAAGAUCAGACAAAACUGAAAUUAUUUAAGUGUGAUGUCUGUGGUAAAAGAUUUAGUCAAAGAACUAAUCGCAACAAACAUAUGAGAAUACACACAGGAGAGAAACCAUUCAGUUGUGACGACUGUGGUAAAAGUUUUAAUAGAAAAACAAAUUUAAAUGCACACCAGAGAAUUCACACAGGAGAAAAAACAUUUGCUUGUCAUAUUUGUGGACAAAGAUUUAGCCAAAAGUCAAGUUUAAACACACACAUGAUGAUCCACACUGGAGAAAAACCAUUCAGUUGUGAUGAAUGUGAACAAAGAUUUAGUCGAAAAACAAGUUUAAACAGACAUGUAAGAAUCCACGCAGGAGAAAAACCAUUUGAGUGUGUUGUUUGUGAACUAAGGUUUAGCCGAAAGACAUAUCUGAAUAAUCACUUGAGAAUUCACACAGGACAGAAGCUAUAUGUCUGUGAUAUUUGUGGACAAAGAUUUAGCUAUAAGGAAACUUUAAACUCACACAUAAAAGUCCACACUGGAGAAAAACCAUUUGGUUGUGAUUUUUGUGGACAAAGAUUUGGCAGAAAAACAAGUUUAAACAGACACAUGAGAAUCCAUGCGGGACAGAAACCAUUCGAGUGCGAUGUUUGUGAACAAAGUUUUAGUCGAAAGCCACAUCUAAACAAUCACAUGAGAGUCCACACAGGAGAAAAACCAUUCCGUUGUGGUGUGUGCGGUCAAAGAUUUAGCCAAAAGACAAGUUUAAACACUCACUUGAGAAUCCACACUGGACAAAAACCCUUUCAUUGUGAUGUUUGUGGGCUAAGAUUUAGUCAAAAGCCAAAUUUAAACAGACACAUGAAAAUCCACACAAGAGGGAAAACUGGUUAA